GAUAAUGCUAAUAAUGAUAUCAUUUUAGGAGUUGUAAAAAGUGAUGAGGCUCUUCAGAGGAUUGUUGACGAAGCUUCACAAGGAAGAAAUGUUCUGAAAAUUCAGUUGUUUAAGCCUGAAGGACGUAGCUUGGGCUUCUCAGUUGUUGGUUUGAGAAGUGAACACCAGGGGGAGCUGGGGAUAUAUGUUCAGGAGAUACAGGUGGAAGGGAUUGCAGGGAAGGAUGGACAGAUGCAUGAAGGAGAUCAGAUUCUAGCAAUUGAUGGACAGGUUCUUGAUUCCAACAUCUCACAUCAGCAAGCAAUCUCUAUCCUGCAGCAAGCCAAGGGGAAGGUUGAUCUAAUUGUUGCUCGAGGAACUGAUCAGAGUAAUCUAGGACUACAGGCUCAGGAAUCCGUGUUGCCUUCUGACUGGUGUCAAGUUGAGGUCAUCGACCUCAUCAACGACGGAACCGGUCUCGGCUUCGGUAUAAUCGGCGGCCAGCAGACCGGAGUAGUUGUUAAAACCAUUUUACCCGGCGGGGUAGCAGACAGGGACGGACGUUUGCUGCCUGGAGAUUUCAUCCUUCAAAUAAACGAACACUGGUUGAGAGGGGUGGCUAGUGAACAAGUUGCAACUGUACUGCGAGGAUGUGGUGUACAUGUUCGUUUAGUUGUUGCCCGACCAGUAGAUCCUACAGACCUUGCCAGUAUUCCAGGACCUGCUCCUGUGCUCCCGACUACCGUGUUGACCAACCAGCAGCAGCUGGAGGCGCAUCUUCAGCUAGCGCUCCAAUCUGGCUCCCACACCUUCCCUGGAGCCGGUGUGCUUUAUCCUACUCAUGGAGAGGAGCAAACUCUUCCAGAUUUUAACCAGAAACUUGUACAUGUUUUAGAUACUUAA